AUGCUUGUUUUGGAUGUGCUCCUGAUUUUUUACAAAGCAGCAAAAAUUGAGGGCUUGUGCAUCAUUUGCCCGAUGUCACUCAGUGCAUCUAAACUUGUUCGAGCAGCAUGUGGUAGCCGAGUCGCUAUCAGAACCAUGUACAAAAACCCCUACAUCGCGCGAUUCAAAGCACGAAGCAAGGUCUCACCAGAUUUUUAUAAACAGACGACCGGACUCACAGGCCUUUUUGUCAACGAGCAUCCUCACCGUACUCUUACCGUGGUAUACUGCCGUAUCCUAAAAGCACUGGAACAAAUCCCGCCCACAGCGGCCUAUAGGAAGUACACUGAAGCUAUUGUUAAGCAACGGCUUGCAUUAGUCCAGUCUGAAGACAGCAUCCCAGAGCUUGAACAGAAAAUAGGAAUGGGUCAGAUUGAGGAGGUGAUCGAGCAGGCAGAGUAUGAAUUAGAAGCGGCAAGAGCAGUGAUCGAAUCCCGAGCAUGGGAACCGCUUGUCGAAGAAGCGCCAAAAGGACAAUGGGACUGGCCAAUUGUCUAAAACUUCGUAACUUCGAUAGUCGAUAUAGAUAAGUAAAUGUAGAAUCGUAUCUGUUUUUCGUUUCCAUAAAGAUUGAGUGCAGAAUCUGAAAAAUACAUAAACGGCGC